UGAUUUGGUUUUAGAAGAGGUACAAUUCUUCAAAUGCAGGGCUAUGCAGACAGUUCAUUUUAACCACUUGCCUACUGGGCACUUAUACCCCCUUCCUGCCCAGGCCAAUUUUCAGCUUUCAGGGCAGACUGACUACUCAUGGGGCCCCCGGGCAAUAGAGGAUCAUGGGGCCCCUGUGUCCUCGCCCAUACUCAAACCACACCCAAAAAAGCCUAUGAAAGGUACCAGGGGCAUCUCAUGGGGCCCCCUACUGACCCCAGGCCCUCGGGCAGUGCCUGACUAUCCAAAUGGUCAGUCCGCCCCUGUU